CUGUGGGAUGGAGUUACUGUUGCACAGUACUCUCCAUCAGGCCGCCGCUCUGAGAACCUUUGAAGUCCUCAUUUAAUGUAGGGAGCUGCAUCUCACACAUUUGAUAAGACAGUUGGGAGCCGUCGAGUAAGCGUCUACAGGGAGUUAAUGUUCCCAAAAUAAACGUGUAGCCUACAUUAAAGUUUUGGAAAGUGGUAGCCUAUAAAUUGAGAGAGUUUAUUUUAAAAUAUAUAUAUAUAAUAAUAAUAAGUGGAAUAAAUAAAUUGGCACGCGCGUAAUGGCAAAUCUUUUCUCCAACAAAACCAUGAGGCUCAAGUGGAUGCGCGUGUCUCUUUUGAUCUUGGUUCUAUUCCUGGGUGACUCCCGCGGCUCCCAGGUGAAGUUUGGCCGCUUGGAUCGGUGGGUGAAGACCGGGUUCCAGUACCUGAAGUUAAACCUGUGCCGCAGGGUGUCUCUGUCUGAGGGCGAAUGCAAGCGGCUGUCCCAUCUUCAGCUCAGCGGAGUGGCCGUGUACGUUUCCGAGCCAAACUCCGAGAAGGUACUCGCCAUUCUCCCAGAUUCCUAUUCUUCAGGGAUGCUACCGCCGAAGCAGGGCGGUUACGGUAUGAGUUCGGUACUGGAGGACAGUAGAAGACGUCAGGAUUUCUUCCCGGGAUCGACUGCGCAUGAUGCCGUGUUGGUGUUGGAUCCGAGUCCCGGAGAGAGUUUCGGACAUCCCGUGAUUCUCUUUUAUGUGGACCUAAACACGACCAAGAAAAAAUGUGCACAUAUGGAUGGAAUUUAUUUAGGAGAGGAGUGUCUGACUCUGGCCCUAAAGAGUCGCUGUCAGAACCAGCUGAAGCGUCGUCAGAGCGGCAGUGAGCGGCCGGCGGGGAACGGGCGUGCCCGCAGGGCUACCGUGGCGAGGCCCAGGAGCAGCCCAGGGAGGGUGGAUCGCAGCGGGGGUCUCUGUGAGAUACAUUUCCUUCCCAUGGUGGUCGGGAUCAGGGAUAACAACAGGACACAGAGGCUACGAUGCGUGGAUCACCCAGACUUUGCCCAGUGCCCCCAGCCUCUGCCCCUCACCAGCCCCAACAUGCCAGUGUCCAGCUGUGAGCUCAACAAGAACACCAGGCGAUGCCACCAGCAGCCCCUGGCUACACACCUGUCCUGCCGUCUCUACCAGACCUGUGACCAUGCUAUACUACUCUCAGGUGGAUGGCAGCAACAGAUCACGUACCAGCGUCACGUUCAGAACCUGCAGCUCUUCUACAGGAUGCUGAGGAACAACGGCUUCCACAGAGAUCACAUCAAGACCUUCUUCGCUGGGAACGGACAGCUCUCAGAGGAGGCAGAAUGGGUAUAUCCAGCUACAGAGAAACGAGUGAUAAGGACCCACAUCUCCUAUAUCUGUGGUAAACAGCACUGUGCAGACUCCCUGGUCCUCUACCUCAACAGCCCGACCAGGAACGACGGGACCAUGCUGCUCUGGGACGGUAACUACAACGGCAUAGCAGACCUGAAGGAGCGUUACAGUGUGGGAGAGCUGCUAGCGGACCUGGCAGGCUGCAGGGCUAGACGAGUACUGGUCUUCGUCGAGCAGAGUUACAGCGGGCCGCUCAGUAAGAGACUGAAAGGAUCCCUGAAACACCUGAACGUGGUGCUGCUCAACAUAGCCAACAGCUGGGCCUCGCUGCACCCUGCCACAUGCCUUAUAGACCACCUGAGUAAGGUAUGUAACGAAACCCUGCAACAUAGCCAACAGUUGGGCCUCGCUGCACCCUGCAACAUGCCUCAUAGACCACCUGAGUAAGGUAUGUAACGAAACCCUGCAACAUAGCCAACAGCUGGGCCUCGCUGCACCCUGCAACAUGCCUCAUAGACCACCUGAGUAAGGUAUGUAACGAAACCCUGCAACAUAGCCAACAGCUGGGCCUCGCUGCACCCUGCCACAUGCCUCAUAGACCACCUGAGUAAGGUAUGUAACGAAACCCUGCAACAUAGCCAACAGCUGGGCCUCGCUGCACCCUGCAACAUGCCUCAUAGACCACCUGAGUAAGGUAUGUAACGAAACCCUGCAACCUAGCCAACAGCUGGGCCUCGCUGCACCCUGCCACAUGCCUCAUAGACCACCUGAGUAAGGUAUGUAACGAAACCCUGCAACCUAGCCAACAGCUGGGCCUCGCUGCACCCUGCCACAUGCCUCAUAGACCACCUGAGUAAGGAUUCAGGGAUGUCCCGCCUCCUGGACCCCAAAGCCAGCCUUUUGAAUGUCAACCUAUCUGGCGCGCCCUGUAACACCACUCCCCCUCUGAGCGAAGCAGAGAUGAGGAAGGAGUACAUGGGCUGUCAGAACCUCCCCACUGCCCUGUGGUACCAGAACCACAAUCAGAACCUACCCCCUGCCCUGUGGUACCAGAACCACAACUAGAUCCUCCCUCCUGCCCUGUGGUACCAGAACCACAACUAGAUCCUCCCCCCUGCCCUGUGGUACCAGAACCACAACUAGAUCCUCCCUACCACCCUGUGGUACCAGAACCACAACCAGAACCUCCCCCCUGCCCUGUGGUACCAGAACCACAACCAGAACCUCCCCCCUGCCCUGUGGUACCAGAACCACAAUCAGAACCUACCCCCUGCCCUGUGGUACCAGAACCACAACUAGAACCUACCCACCACCAUGUGGUACCAGAACCACAACCAGAACCUCCCCACUGCCCUAUGGUACCAGAACCCCCUCACCACCCUGUGGUACCAGAACCACAACCAGAACCUUCCCAUCACACUGUGGCACCAGAACCACAACCAGAACCUCCACACUGCCCUGUGGUACCAGAACCUCCCCACUCUCCUGUGGUACCAGGAACACAACUAGACCCAGAACCUCCCCACUGCCCUGUGGUACCAGAACCACAACUAGAACCAGUACCUCCCCACCGCCCUGUGGUACCAGAACCACAACCAGAACUUCCUUACCGUCCUGUGGUACCAGAACCCCCCCCACUACCCUGUGGUACCAGAACCACCACCAUAAUCUUCCCAUCACCCUGUGGUACCAGAACCACAACUAGAACCAAUACCUCCCCACUGCCCUGUGGUACCAGAACCACAACCAGAACUUCCUUACCGUCCUGUGGUAUCAGAACCCCCCCCCCCCCCCCCCC